AUGUCGAGAAAUAAAGAGAAGGCACAAUCGUCUCUUAAUAGAUUCCACCAGUAUAAAGCCCAAGAAGCUGGUGUCCUCAUUUCUGACCCCACCCUUCGUCCGAAAUACGUCCAAAAAGUAACAUCACUUCCCCAAGCCGAGAAAUGGAGAACCACAGUCAUCUCGGAGAUAUCCACCAAACUAACACGGAUUCAGGAUUCUACCCUUGGCGAAUUUACCAUUCGUGAGAUUAACGAUGAUUUGAACAAGUUAUUCAAGGAGAAGCGGGCAUGGGAGUAUCAUAUCCGUGACCUUGGAGGCAAUGACUACUUGAAUGUUCGGGAUUUGACGUCGAGUGGGAUAAACGUUAAAGGGUAUAGAUAUUUUGGAAGGGCCAAGGAGUUGGAUGAUGUCAAGAAGUUGAUCGAGGCACAGAAACGAGAACCAGGGAAGGGAAGAGCCAAAGAGGACGAGAAGAAACAGCUACAGAAUGAAGAAAGAGCAAGGGAAAGCAGAAUUGAUUAUUCGUAUUAUGGAUACUUUGAUGAGGUGAAUCGCACAGAUGAUCCUUUAUUAAAGUUUGAACAACAGAGAUCAAUGGAAUUGGCGAAACCACAAAAAGAAGGAGAUGAUGACAUGUACAACUUCGACCAAUUCCCUACAAACGAGCAGGUUUCCCAAUGGUUAGUUGAUAAAAAACGUCAACAAUUACUAGCCAGACUAGGCAUACAAGAAUAG